GAUUGGGCGCUAGAGAAGAUUCGGCCUCAUAAUGUAUAGAAUUAUCGAUAAGAUAAAAGCAAAUAGAACCCACGAGAAACAGAAAACCUUACCCUGUGAUGUCAAAUCUCUGGCCAGUUCCAUCAACAUUGGGGAAGUUUUGGAGGUCACACAGCCUUCAAUCAUUGGUCGAGGAAUUUGCCGUGACGAGCCGCUGACGGACUCUGGUAAGAAGCUCCAGUUAAUUAAGAUGUUGUGUCUUACCGUGUUGCCUAUCCUAGGACUCUGGGCUUAUACAGUAUACACCCUGGCAGACAUUAUUGAGGCCAAAAACGAGAACGAGUCGACAAGAAGUGCUUUGGAGUUCAGCGUCGAGCUGGGUAAGUUGGUCCACCAUCUACAGAAAGAACGUGACAUGAGCGUGCUAUACCUCAGUGCCCUGGGUCCACAAACAAGGACAUUCUUACUGGCCGAGUACAUCGAGACUGACCAAGCCAUAAGCAAACUUUCAAGGUGGCCCGGAAACCUCGACGAACUGGAAAGAGAAAAAUUCGACACUCGGGAAAAUUUACAACAGUAUCUUUCUCGUCGUCGGCAGGUUUUGAGUCCCACUAGGUACAGCCUUCAAGAUGAAAUAGAAUUUUACUCAAGUAUCAUUGAAGUAGUCAUCAUUUGGAUGUACAAUUCCAUCAACGAGUCCAAAUUUGCAUUGGUAUGGAAGACAUUGGUAGCUUAUCAGAAACUAACCAGCGCCAAGGAGGCGGUGGGUGUUGAGAGAGCUUUAGGUACGGUGUAUUACGCAAAUGGAGGAUUCGAAAAUCACGCAUAUUUCGAAAUGUACAAUAACAGAGUACACAAUUUUCGAGCAUAUUACAAAACGGCGAGAAGGUAUUCCAAACGUGUUGUUGAUCUCUACACUGUGAACGUAGCCUCCGCGGGCAAUAAUGUCACCGAAAUCAUCGACAGCUACAGAUUCGAGAUUCAACAACACGUCCAAGGUAUCAACAAUACACAGGCAAAUUUGGCAAAAGCAAGAUGGUGGUUUGACAAUAUGACGUUGUAUCUCGAUACCUUGCUGGACAUUCAGCAGGACCUGGGUAACGAGAUUCUGUUUGUGUUGGACAGUGUCUUAGAGAACGCUACAAGGGACUUGGCAGUAAGUGCAAUAUUUCUCGUGGUGGUUAUCCUAAUGUGUCCACUGAUUAUCUUCGUCACAGAAAACUUGACUAGUGUCAUUCAGAAGUACGCCUUAACCCUUGUGGACAAAACAAAAGAACUGAGUUUGGAGAAAAAAGUGACAGACUCAUUACUUUAUCAGAUGGUUCCUAAACAGGUAGCCGACAAAUUAAAAAAGUGCGUUCAUAUUGAUGCCGAGUAUUUUAAAUCAGUGACAAUAUUCUUCUCCGACAUUUGUGGAUUUGCCUCCAUAUCCACCACUUCAUCACCGAUGGAUAUCGUACAGCUCCUCAACACGAUUUACGUUACCAUCGACGACCUUUUAGACGACUAUGACGUUUACAAAGUGGAGACAAUUAACGACUGUUAUAUGGUUGCCUCAGGUUUGCCAAAUCGGAAUAAGGACAAACAUGCCGGAGAAAUUGCAACAUUUGCUUUAGAUCUUCUGGCUCUAACAAAGCACAAGCAGUUUACAAUUCUUGGCGAUAGAAGGAUAGAACUGAGAAUUGGAGUGAACUCGGGUCCAUGUAUGGCAGGUAUAGUGGGUUCCAUCUUGCCACGUUAUUGUUUGUUUGGUGAUACCGUGAACACAGCUUCUAGAAUGAAGUCAAUCAGCUUACCAAACAGAAUCAACAUAAGCCAGUCUACAUACACAGCUCUCCAUAAGAUUGGGGGAUUCGUUGUCAGAAAAAGAGGAACGGUUCUUGUCAAGGGUAAAGGAGAGAUGGUAACAUAUUGGCUGAUUGGAAAGAAAAAGUCCGAGGAAGGCGGAUCCUUCCAUCUCACUGACUCGGAAUCCGCCGACGAGGUUGAUGCACCGAUAGAAGAACUACCUGGGGAGAUUACUCAAUUCACGGAUCCGCACCUGCGUUCUGCUCUUUCUCUACCACUUCCGGGUCGUCAGGCUGCUGUGACCUUGAAUUAUUCGCAACAGCAUGGAAAUACGCCACAUGAGUCUUCAAUAAAAACUGAAGAGAAAACAGAGAAAGAGAAAACAGGCUUGAGGGCGCUUAUUUCUGAGAAACUUGACAAAGUUGCUCGUGUUUUGCCAAAUACCUUCCAACUAACGGAGGAAAACGGAGAAAAAGAAGAAAACAAGUGA